UCUGCUGAGCGUCACCUCCACACAGCAAGUGCCUUUACUUGAGCUGAAGAGGGAGAAGGGAGAGGAGGGUGUCUGUGUGAGAGAGAGAUAGAGAGAGAGAGAGAGAAAGAGAGAAGAAGAAGAAAUCUCAGGAGUGUCUGAACGCAUCUCUCAGACUUUCGUAGAGAGGACUCAGAAGUGCACCGAGACAGACGGGCAGAGGCAAACGACGUCGGAGUAUCACAGCGCUGGUGGUGCUGGCAGUGCACGCUGAGCGGAGGCAGGGAAAUCCACUGGCGUUGUUGAUCCUGGUGUCCCUGGCAAAAAAAAAACAAAAAAAAAACCCAAACAAAAAAAGCUGCUCGGGCAGGAGAGAGACAAAACGGCGCGACAGCCAGGAUCUCGCCAGGGGGGCAGCAUUUCACAGCGACAACGAAGCGUGGAGACAGCUGAAAACUGCACACACACAGACACACACACAGCUGAGCGGGGAAGGACACUUAGUCGCACGCUGCAUUUAAAAGAUUCACUCCAACCUUUUCUUCUCCUGCUGAAACUUACACACCAAGACAGAUUGUAAAUGUCACCUUUACGCGUCCAUGGAUGCCGGAUGAUGGAGAGGAAAACUUCCGGAGAGGAGAUUCUUUUUUAAGCAGGACUUACUGCAGAGAUUUUUCCACUGAGAAUAACUUUCUUUUUUUGGGUGGGGGGGGAAUAUGGGAGGUUUAAACCCUCUAUCUAAGCACACCACAGAAUAACCUCUAUUCUUAGUUGCAGUAACUGAGAGCGUUCUUCGGGACCAUUAAGAUGCCUCCUCCAGAUUCAGUCUGAGCAGUAAGUGGAUUAUCACGGCAAUAUUUUGGGAUUUCUUUUUCGCUUGAGAAAAAAAAAGAAAAAGAGGAAGAAGAGAGAAAUAUAUCCAUGACUGGUGGAUUUACGUCUGUCAGAGAAGGAAAGGAUCCCGUACGUUUUCUCCUCUCCCUCCCCUGUGGAUUACAGAUGGGCUUUGUGAUCUCCCAGUGCAGUCUCAUGGAUGAUCGCUCACUGCCAGUCAUUAGGAUAAAGUACAAAGAGGGACACAAGUGGCUUGGGCACGAGCGGAGAUUGAUUGAAGUGAUCUGUGUGAAUCCUAUUAAUGCAUCUUGGAUUCUGGCCAAGGCAAAAGCAAUGGAGGGGAACACCGCUGUCUAGCAGCACUAUCUGAUCUGCCUCCUCACUGGACAAACGGAGCACCCUCUGCACUCCCUCUUCAACAACAGUCCUCCUCCUCCUCCUCCUCCACCUCCUCCUCUCGCCUAGGCAAGGAUGGUACCUCCACCUCCCACCAACAAGCCCCACGUGUGCCUUUCCACCAUCCUGAUUAUGAGCAGCAUGGCGCUGAUUGAUGCCUACCUAGUGGAGCAGAACCACGGACCGCGCAAGAUUGGCAUCUGCAUCAUGGUGAUGGUGGGAGACAUCUGCUUCCUGAUAGUCUUGCGUUACGUGGCGGUGUGGGUGGGCGCCGAGGUACGCACAGCCAAGAGGGGCUACGCCAUGAUCCUCUGGUUCCUUUACAUCUUUGUGCUGGAGAUCAAGGUCUACUUUGUGUAUCAAAACUACAAGGCGGACAGGAAGAGCCUGGACGCCCUGGCGAGGAAAGCGUUGACGUUGCUGCUGUCCAUUUGCAUCCCAGUGCUGUUUGUGGUGCUGGUCGCGAUCGAUCACAUGGAGUACGUUCGAGCCUUCAAGAAGCGCGAGGAGAUCCGUAACCGUCUCUUCUGGGUGGUGGUGGACUUGCUGGACAUACUGGACAUCCAAGCCAACCUGUGGGAGCCCCAAAAGAAGGGGCUUCCUUUGUGGGCGGAGGGCCUGAUGUUCUUCUACUGCUACAUCCUGCUGCUGGUGCUGCCCUGCGUGUCCUUGAGCGAGAUCAGCAUGCAGGGCAUCAACAUCGUGCCCCACAAGAUGCUCCUGUACCCCAUCCUCAGCUUGGUCACCAUCAACAUCAUCACGCUCUUCAUCCGCGGGGGCAACAUGAUCCUGUACAGGGACGCCAGGGUGUCGGGGAUCCUGAUAGGAAAGAACAUCCUGGCUAUCAUCCUAAAGACCUGCAGCUUCGUGCAGUACAGGAGACAGUUGCAGAACGCCUCUCCUGCCUUCGGGGUCGAGCUGCAGAAAAACUCGGUGGCCCACGCUCGCCCCACCCCCACCCCUCCUCAAGUGGUCAUGCAGGACCAGACGCCCCUCCCCGAGGUGACCACGUGCGAGCACACAUGACAGAAUGGCGGGGUGAAUCCUGGAGUUGUCCGUGUGAACAUACAUGACCCUCAGGAUGCUGGCAGGGCACAAUGAACACACCUGAUCUCCACUGGCACAUAAGACACUGCACACGCCUAUAGCGAGCAUCGAGCAGUGCUGUAUCCAAAGCUGUCAUGGUGCAAAGUACAGUCUCACUUGUGACUUUGGUAAAGCAUUUCCUCCUCAAUGAAUUCAGUUAACUGUGUAUUUUUUCUAAUUGUACGAGAGAAAAAAAAAAGCAAAAAAAAAAAAAGCUAUUACUGCAAGAUUAGAGGAUAUAUUUUUGAACUGUGUGUGUUGCAUUCUAAUCUUAAACUUAAGGGUCCGUGUGCUGUGGUGUGUAUUUCUGUUGCUCGGAUGUUUGUAGUAGUGGGGGGCUUUAUCACGAGCAACCAGUGAGAGAAUCCAAGUUAAUGAGAAUGAAAAAUAACAGUUAAAGCUUUUCUCUUGAGAGAAGUGUGUUUUUAUAUGUGAUUCUUUGAUAAAGUAUUGUGUACAAGA